UACAUCUCAGCAACCAUAUAGAAACCUAAGCCUAUGCCAGCGCCUGGUAGAGGGUUUUGAGAUAGUUCGUUUACUGUUGCUGCAAAAAUCAAUAGGCAUGGCGGAUUCUAAGUUGAAACCGGAAUCGAAAUCAAAAGUUGAUAGUAAAUUGCGAUGUUAUCACUGUGCAGGUCCUCUUUCAAAGGAGAUGGAAACCAGUGAAUGGACUGUUCCACCUCUAAUCAGAGAUAGCUUUUCUAUGAUUGGUUCUGCUGUUGGUGGUACAGCGAGCGCAUUUUAUGGAUUCAAUCAUGUGAUGCCAGUUGUUCGAAAGUGGGUAAAAGGACCAAUGUGGCUGCAUUUCUUCAUUGGUGCACCACCUGUAAUUGUAUUCUCUUCAGCCUGUGCAGGUUUAGUAGGUGGUGCAAUUCCUGCGGUAGCUCAACUUGCUUCAUCUUCUUACCAUGCUGCAGUUUCGUCUCCUUCACUACCUCCUUCAAAGGAUCAAAAGAUGCACAGCUCUAGAAGUUCCUCUACUUUGUAGAAGCACAGCUCCAUGUGCGCAAGUGCAAUGGUACAGAUGAAUAGAGAGAGAGAGAGAGAGAGAGGUGGUCCGGUAUAUGUUUUAUAAUGUUUAUCAGUCGCCAUUGUCAUUGAUAUUUAUCUCACUUUUUUUAGGGAUUUAGUAUUUAACGGUUUUGUAAAUGUUAAUAUUUCAAAUUUCAAGCUAUGAUCCAUGUAAAUUGCAAUUAAUUUCUUUUGAUACUUGAGAAAAUUUUGAAGGGAAGAAGCCAACCGUGUUUGAAAUA